CUCUUCCCGUACUCAGCUUUCCUCGCCUCCCUCCUUACCCUCUCGCCGUUCCCAACGAAGGAGCGGACAGAACCCUCGAGCUCGGCGUAUCGUGUCGUGAAAUCCGCUCCAAAGAUGAAGAGAGCUAUAAAUCAGGACAGGGAUCGGAGACCAACGCUUUGUGGCGGCGAAAGGUCUUAAGCCCGCUCCGCUCGUCGGGGGUUCCUUCGGGGUUGUUCUGGAGCUGCAGCAGACUCCCGAUUCUCGAGAAGACCCCCUCGAUCGAACCCCGAUUCCCGGUUGCAAGAUCGUGGCGACCCGAUCUUUCUUCGCGACAUGGAGCUUGCAUAUAGCUAAGUGAAUUUUAGCUUGCUGGGCUCGUGCUGGAUUCAAAAUGAGAGAAGAUAUUUCGUCCAAUGCCCGAACAAAGUUUGCCAAGUGCUCUGACCAUAAUCAAAUUAUGAGCACCAACACUAAAUCCAGUGGGAAUCCUGUAAAGCCGAAGUCUUCUUCGUCGUGGGGAUCCCACUUUGUCAAAGGCUUCACCACAGAUAAGAAAUCCAAACAGCAGACGUCAAUUGCCAACAAGAAGCAAUCUAUUGCUAGCUCAGAUAUCUCAAGUCAGAAGAGCCACUCUGUGCCAUACCAUUCUCGGGUUAGACGAUCUCUUGUAGGUGACUUGCCAUGCUCAGCUAAUGCUGCUCAAGUUCAUCCUCAUGCGAUUGAUUCCCAUCGGAUUACAUCCGCUGCUUCUCAUGACCUAUUUCUGGAGCUGGAUCGCUUGAGAGAACUCCUUCGAGAGGCUAAAGACAGAGAAUCGACAUUGCAGUCUGAGCUGCUUCAGUACAAGGAAAACCCAAGAGCUCUGGAGCUUGAGAAAGAAGUUGACUCAAAGAGAAUCGAAAUUGAGAAGCUCACAUCGAGAGUCGGUUCAUUGGAAGCUGAAAAAAUGAACCUUUCGGAACAAUUGGCCUCUUUGACUUCGAGCCUGCAAAACUCCCAAGGAGCUGAUUCAUGUGCACAGAUACAGAAGCCAUCAUACAAGAAUUUAGAGAUCGAGGUUCUUGAGCUGCGCCGGCUGAACAAGGAGCUCCAGUUUCAGAAGCGAAAUCUAGCAUUUAGGCUUUCCUCUGCUGAAUCCCAACUUGCUGCUCUCGCAAAGGUUACUGAGAGUGAUGUGCUGGCGAAGGUUCAAGCUGAAGCAUUACUGUUAAAGCACACAAAUGAGUGCCUAAGCAAACAAGUCGAGGGUCUGCAGAUGAGUAGGCUCAAUGAAGUUGAGGAACUUGCUUACCUUCGUUGGGUCAAUUCAUGCUUGCGCCAUGAACUCAGCAACUCAGACAAAUCACUCAGUAAGACCUCGGAUUUAGAUGAUCAGUUUGACAGCAAGAGCUGUGACAGAGUCAUCAUGACAACAGCUGAUCAAGACGACAACUCAGACAAAUCUGCACCUCUCGAAGUAUGUAAUUCUAACCGAGCAGGCCUCAUCAAAAAGCUUGUGAAAUGGUCUGAAAACAAUGAAGAAUACCAACAUAUAGAUUGUGAAACACUGUUGGAUAAAGACUGGAUAGAGGCCAAGGAAGGGAGAAGCCCCUCGCGAAGACACUCUAUCAGCGGACCGAAGAGAACGGUAGAAGACAUUGCAAUUAACAAGAGAAGACAAUCUGAUAGUUUUGUUUCUUCCAAGGAAUUACAUGAUGAAACAUUUACUCCUGGAGAUUGUCAUCCAACAAGGGAUAAGCACUUGCUUCUUGUGCAAAAAUAUGAUCUGCUCGGCACUCAAAGUCCAAGAUUCUCUGCAAGCAAACCAGAAAGUUUCAAGGUUGCAUCUUUGGAUGUUGAAAAACGUGCACUCCGAAUUCCCAAGCCUCCUCCAAGGCCUUCCAAUUCGGUUCCUAAUGUAACAAAGGCAGAUGGGACGGUUCCACUGCCGCCGCCGCCUCCACCACCACCACCGCCGCCUGCUUUUCGAAAGUCCUCCACAAGAAAGACAGGGUUGGUGCAGAGAGCCCCACAGGUGGCAGAAUUGUACCAUUCACUCAUGAGAAGAGACUCAAAGAAGGAUCCUUCUGGUGGAGGAAUUUGUGAUGUCCUUAACGUUGCAAAUGUCCGCAGCAGCAUGAUUGGUGAAAUAGAGAACCGAUCCUCCCAUCUGCUUGCCAUAAAGGCAGAUGUCGAAACACAAGGUGAAUUCGUGAAGUCCCUGAUAAAGGAGGUUAACGAUGCUGCAUAUCAUGACAUUGAAGAUGUUGUUGCAUUCGUGAAGUGGCUUGAUGACGAAUUGUGCUUUCUUGUUGAUGAGCGGGCAGUGUUGAAGCACUUUGAUUGGCCUGAGAAGAAAGCUGACACUCUGCGAGAAGCAGCUUUCGGAUAUCGUGAUAUGAAGAAACUGGAGUCUGAAGUUACAAAUUAUAAGGACGAUCCUCGUCUACCUUGUGAUGUUGCAUUGAAGAAAAUGGUUGCAUUAUCCGAAAAGAUGGAGCGAAACAUUUAUAAUCUUUUUCGCACAAGAGAUGUGAUGAUAAGCCAUUGUAAGGAAUUCCAGAUACCGACAGAUUGGAUGCUGGAUUGUGGUAUCAUUAGCAAGAUAAAAUUCGGAUCGGUAAAGUUAGCUAAGAUGUAUAUGAAAAGAGUAGCAACAGAACUCCAGACGAUGGGAGUCUCCAACAAAGAUCCCGCUUUGGAGUAUAUGCUUCUUCAGGGAGUGAGAUUUGCUUUCAGAAUUCAUCAGUUUGCCGGAGGGUUCGAUGCAGAGACGAUGGAUGCAUUUGAGGAGCUGCAGAACCUCGCAUACGUUAGAAACAAGGCAUAGGAAAAGAAACAGAAGCUUACUAUCUCGGUAAGCAACAUACGAUCGAUGUGAACACGUUGCAGUAGUGUUCGCCAUGCUUGUUCAUGUAAUGCUUUGUUUUGUACAUGUUGUGAAACCACUGCAGUGGAAACCACAAACGCUGCAGGGUGUGUGCAUGCUUGGUUGUGACUGUCACAAAGGAACGCUAACCAAACGUUGUGAGAGAGACUAUCUUUUGUGUUUUCUAGGGUAGUUGAAUCGUUUUUGUGGCAGUGUCAGCUGUUCUGAUGAUGUUUGCAACCGCAAUUUGCUAAUUGCUACAGCUAUGGAUUGAA